AUGUUUACAUUCAACAACAAAAUAGCUGCUGAGAGCUCAUAUGCUUGUGAGUGUAGCGGAGAGUGCUUGGGAAAACUGAUAAACAGUACAAGUGAAAUGCUACUUCUUAAGGUAUUUUUCAUGCAGUUUCAAGAAGUUCUGCAGACUGAAAGACUAAUGAUGAUGGAAAUGAUAAAUAAUGACUCAAAUAAAGACGCGCUUUUACUGCAACUUGUGAACAAGGCGGAAGAGCUGAAUAGAGAAAAUGCGGUUUUAACAUUGGAGAAUAGAGGAUAUAAGGAGAUAUUAAAUAAUUUGAAAAGAAAUUAA